AUGCGAUUGUUGUUGUUGGUGUGUUUUCUCUUAGGGAUGCUAAGAAAUGGGGUCGUUGAAGCGAAAAGGAAACUUUCCGCCACUUCAAUGGUCACUUGUAUGGAAAACUCCCAGCUACUGGGUAAUACAUUCAACGUGGUGUUUGAUCCCGAUGACAUGACAUUACACUUUGAUCUUGAUAUUACGACGGAAAUUGACGGGAACGUGCUUGCAGAGGUGGAAGUAUGGGCUUACGGAUUCAAGGUUAUCAAAAGAGAUAUUGAGAUGUGCUCGUUAAAUUGGAAACAAUUCUGUCCAUUGGUACCGGGUAACAUUGUCAUUAAAGCUACUGAGAAGGUGAGCGAAGAAUAUGCAAAUCAGAUUCCCGGGAUUGCUUACCAAGUCCCAGAUAUUGACGCUUAUUUAAGGGUUGGCGUUGUUAAUAUGGCCAACAAUGCGCCUGUAGCUUGUAUCCAAGCUUUUUUCAGUAACGGGAAGACCGUCUCGCAGACAGGGGUGAAGUGGGUGACGGCAAUGAUAGCCGGUUCGGGGUUGCUAGUGUCUGCGAUUUUAUCUGCAUUUGGUAAUUCCAACGCUGCAUCGCAUAUUUCUGCGAACUCGAUUUCACUUUUCCUCUAUUUCCAAUCGGUUGCAGUUGUUUCCAUGGAGCAAGUCCACUCAGUACCGCCAAUUGCUGCUGCUUGGUCUGAGAACUUUAUAUGGUCUAUGGGACUUAUAAGGGUGUCUUUUAUGCAGAAGAUUAUUAGAUGGUAUGUCCAGGCGACAGGCGGUCACCCUACCGUCCACCUAAUAUCCAACGAUAUGUCUGUGCUUGCUCAGAGAUCAUUGGACUACCUAACCAGCGUCCCUGUAUUAGGGAGCUUAGUGAAGCGUGCCGAGGUCCUUUAUGGAAACGAAAACACUUUAAUCUUCAGAGGUAUUAAGCGGCUGGCUUAUAGAAUGUCAAUUGAGAACACCGCCGUUGUAUGCACUGGUAUAAUUUUCUUCCUUCUAUUUGGGUACGUGCUUGCAGGAUUGAUUAUUGGGUUCAAUUUUGGUUCCGCUUUUGCAGUUAAACGGGGCUGGUUACGUCAUACCACAUUCAAGGACUUCCGUCUGAACUGGAAAACAGUCUUGAAGGGAGUCCUUUUGCGUUACAUCUUCCUCGGUUUUACACAAGUGACCAUAUUAUGUUUCUGGGAGUGGACUCAACGCGAUUCCCCUGCGGUCGUUAUUCUAUCGACCAUUAUUCUAUUUGCUACUAUUGGAAUUAUGGUAUGGGCAGCCUACAGGAGUAUUUCUUUUGCACGGAAAUCUAUAAUAGAGCAUAAUAAUCCAGCUGCUGUUCUUUAUGGUGAUAGCAAUAUUUUAAACAAAUACGGUUUCUUCUAUACCAUGUACAAUGCUACUCAUUACUGGUGGUCUUGUGUUGUGCUAAGUUACGCUCUACUUAAAGCGAUCAUGAUUGCAUUCGUCCAAGUAUCUGGAAAAGUACAGGCUGUAUUCGUCUUCUUAUUUGACAUAUCAUAUUUGAUUGCUUUAAUCUAUUUCAAGCCAUACCUUGACCGUGGAACAAACAUUCUCAACAUUUUUAUUUCCUCAGUGACUGUUGCAAAUUCUUUCUUGUUCCUCUUCUUUUCUGACAUAUUCGGCCAACCAGGCUCAGUCAGUUCUAUAAUGGGAUGGGUUUUCUUCAUUGUAAACGCUGCAUUUUCUUUUAUCCUGCUAAUUAUGGUGCUGGUGUACAUUGUCCAGGUUGUUUUCUCUGAAAGUCCUGAUCUAAGGUUUAGACCAGCCAAAGAUGAUAGAGCUUCAUUCCAAAGAAAAUCUGUAUUCUGUGGAAUUGACCAUUCCGCAACUCAAGAGCUACACGCAUUAGGUCAAGCAGCUCAGGCUCACAAUAAGAAUUGGGAGGAAGAGCUACAGCAUCGCAGAAAACUUGAUACGGAUCCAGAAGCACAUAUAGACAUGCAAGAUUCAGAGUUAAAGACAUUUGAUGAUGACAACCGCUUUAGAAAACUGUCGGUUAGUAACAUCAUCAGGAAGCUUUCCUUAAAACGUAAUAAAUCCACAAAGUCUGCAAUGUCUAUACCGGCAGAGGAUCCAGCCCUGCUGUCGCCAUAUGAUGCUCCUAUUUCAGAGAAAACUUCUUAUUAA